AUGGAAGGGAUGAGGAUGCUGAAGUCCUCUCAAAUCGAACACAUCUGCAUCAAAAACUUCAAAUCCAUGGGUCUCGAUUUAUAUCCUGAUCAGCCGUGUGGAAAACUCCCGAUUCUAGGGAAUUUUACCUCACUCAAGUUCUCCCCGGUUGCCCCCACCACCGUAGAAAUAUCCCUCAAACUUCACACCCUUCUCCAAACACUGAUUGAUUCUGCACCGAAUUUGUCCUCGCUCAAACUCCGUUUCUACCCUGAUUUGACGGGGUGCAUAAACCUAAAACUUCUUAAAUUUAAUUAUGACAAAUUCUUCCAUGACGCUUGUCCUGAUUUGGACUUGCUCACUGUAACGGAGAUAUUGGCAAAGGUGAAGGAUUCCUUAAUCGAGUUGACGUUGCAACAUGAAGGUGCCGGAAAUUGGGAAUACACGCCAAAGUGUCAGGACGUCCCCGUUAUGUCAAAACUUACCACUCUCACCAUCUGGGCAGUACGUGCCUACCAAAUUCAUAAUUUCUUUGACGAAUACCAUCUUCCUAAACUUGAAAAGCUGACACUAAACUUAAUCCAUUUCGAGUCGUCAACUCUUCAAAUUUUGUGGAAACGACACCGAAGAGUUCAAACUCUCAGCCUAACAUUAGAUCAGACACGAAUAGAGGGCGAUUUCACGGGGAAGAUUGUUAAAAUGUAUCCUGCCGUAAAGAACUUUUAUCUAGUGGGGUGUGGUGGCCCCAAUCGGAUAACCAAUGACACUUACCGAAUGUUAGACCCGUUUCAAACGUGGGAUCUCGAACAGGUUAAAGUUCGCUUGUAUGGUAUGCGGGAGGCGUCAAUUCUAAUUUCAGUCCUCAAAAGCUUGUCUUGUUGGAAAGGCGUUAAACAUAUCAAAUUUAGGAUCACUAGAAUCCCAGAGCAAGACUUUUUUUGCCACCUUCAAGAUUUAAUCCUUCACAGCAAAGCGUUUAAAAGCGUGGAAAUAUAUGGCAAUGAGGUACCGGAAAUGCGGAAAAGAAUACAACCCAUAUUCGAAAGCAGUGGGGCUCCCAUUCACUUUUCUGGAGGAGUGAUUCCCAACCCCAACGUAAUCAAUUGUUAA